AUGAGGCCCCAUCUGCACCAGCUGGGGCCCGAAGCAAGCAGCAAGGGACCCUGGCCCAGGGUCUGGGUGCUGUGUAUGGACAUCCCUGCUUCCCAGGGGCCCGGCCCUCUCUGCCCUCCUAAGACGCGUUUGCUCUGGGCCCCAGGGAGGCCCUUCCUUGCUCUGGUUCUGCUGGUUUCCAUCAAGCAAGUUACAGGAUCUCUGCUUGAGGAGACAACUCGGAAGUGGGCUCAGUACAAGGACAAGUGUCUGCGAGACUUGCUCAAGGAACCUUCUUCUGGUAUAUUUUGUAAUGGAACAUUCGAUCGGUACGUGUGCUGGCCUCACUCUUCUCCUGGAAACGUCUCUGUUCCCUGCCCUUCAUACUUGCCUUGGUGGAAUGAAGAGAGCUCAGGAAGGGCCUAUAGACACUGCCUGGCCCGGGGGACUUGGAAGACACGAGAGAACACCACAGAUAUUUGGCAGGAUGACUCUGAAUGCUCCGAGAACCAUAGCUUCAAACAAAACGUGGAUCACUAUGCCCUGCUGUCAACCUUGCAGCUGAUGUACACCGUGGGAUACUCCCUCUCUCUUAUCUCCCUCUUCCUGGCUCUCAGCCUUCUCUUGUUUCUCCGAAAACUCCACUGUACUCGCAACUACAUCCACAUGAACUUGUUCGCCUCGUUCAUUCUGAGGGCCGUGGCUGUGCUGGUGAAGGAUGUUGUCUUCUCCAACUCUUACUCCAAGAGGCCCGACAGCGAGAACGGGUGGCUGUCUUACCUGUCUGAGGUGUCCACCUCUUGCCGCUCUGUCCAGGUCCUCCUGCACUACUUCGUGGGUGCCAACCAUUUAUGGCUACUGGUCGAAGGCCUUUACCUACAUGCGCUGCUGGAGCCCACAGUGCUCCCUGAAAGGCGGCUGUGGCGCAGAUACCUGGUGGUGGGUUGGGCCUUCCCUGUGCUAUUUGUUGUCCCCUGGGGCAUUGCCCGGGCAUUGCUGGAGAACACGGGGUGCUGGGCAACAAAUGGGAAUAAGAAAAUCUGGUGGAUCAUCCGAGGACCCAUGCUGCUCUGUGUGACUGUCAAUUUCUUCAUCUUCCUGAAAAUUCUCAAGCUUCUCAUUUCUAAGCUCAAAGCCCAUCAAAUGUGCUUCAGAGAUUAUAAAUACAGAUUGGCAAAGUCAACACUACUCCUCAUUCCUUUAUUGGGUGUUCAUGAGAUCCUCUUCUCUUUCAUCACCGAUGACCAAGUUCAAGGAUUUUCCAAACUUAUACGACUCUUCAUUCAGUUGACAUUGAGCUCCUUCCAUGGAUUCCUCGUGGCCUUGCAGUAUGGCUUUGCCAAUGGAGAGGUGAAGGCUGAGCUGCGGAAGUCCUGGGUCCGCUUCUUGCUCCCCCGAUGCUCAGGCUGCAGAGCCUGUGUCCUGAGGAAGAAUUUCCGGUUCCUGGGGAAGUGUCCCAAGAAGCUCUCGGAUGGAGGCGGCACCCGGACAACUCACAAGCUCCAGGUUUCACCAGGCAGCUCACACCUGUCCUCUCAGGGCCUAGGGGAGCUGGACACCCGGCCUUGCCAGGGCCACACAGCCUGGCCUCGGAGCAUCAGCUUGUCUGAGAGCAGUGAGGGGGACUUCACCCUGGCCAAUACCAUGGAGGAGAUUCUGGAGGAGAGUGAGAUCUAAGAAGGAGGACUCCACGCCUGCUGUGAAAACCUGGGGACUCCUGAGAAGCACAAGGACACAGGAGGCAAAGCAGAACGGAUGCGACUGAGUACAGAAUUUUCCUUUUCCAUCUCCCAUGCCCACUUGGAUGUGGGGUCUGAGUGCAGGUCCUUCAAGCUCCAUGAAUGAAGCCACGUGGUGCUCACAGCUUCUGCCUGCCCUGUGUCACCCCCACCAGUGUGUUUUCCAGAAUGAUCCCAAGCUGGGGAAUUUGAUCUUAACUUAAAGUGAAUUCAGCCCCAGGUGCAGAGAAGCCUCUUAGUGACUAGAGUCUAGCCAGUAUCUCUUGCUUCCCCUCUCCUGACACACAGUUUCUUUUGAAAAUUGGGUUUAGGGUGCAGAGAUCUCCCUACAAAAUGCAGAAUGUCAGGCUCUUGGUGGAAACUCUAAAAGAGUGAAUUUGGGACGACAGCUAGAAACAGGAACUGUCUAACAAGCCUCUCAGGAAUUCUGAAGUAGGCCCACCCUUGUAAAACCUUGCACAGGGUGUGAGGGGACAUUUUGCUGACAUAGCCCACUGCAGGCUGAAGUACGCCUGCCUCCUUGGACAAUGUGUGACCCCCAUGUCACCCACCAGAUCCUGCUCCUUCGUUGCUUCUCUUUUCCUCAUCGGUUGAGUCUUGCCUUCUUCUCUGCAUCUCAGUUCUCUAUCUGUGGCCAGCAGACAUUUUGUUUGAGCUGUCCCAACCCUUCCUUGGACAAUUGUCUCAAGCUCUCGGGAACCUUCUGAAUGUCAUCAUUGGUCCCCUCUCUCCUUUAUGGUUCUGCCUGCCUUUU